CAGUUCCUCCUUCGGGCGCGCAGGGGGCGCCGCGGCGGGCGGGGCGGGGCGGCCAUGGCGGACCGGCUGACGCAGCUGCAGGACGCGGUGAACUCGCUCGCAGACCAGUUCUGUAACGCCAUCGGAGUGCUGCAGCAGUGCGGGCCCCCGGCCUCCUUCAGCAACAUCCAGACCGCCAUCAACAAGGACCAGCCCGCCAACCCUACGGAAGGCAAGUCUGGCUUGGGCAUCGGGAGUGCAGAGCCCGGUCUCGGCCGACAAUCAGGGCGGGAGCUGGGGGAGUGAUGGAGGUUAAGUCGCUCGUUGCGUAAGAUUGUGGCAGCAGAAAUGCGGUUUUAAGAGCCAGCGAAGCAUCACGAUGUAUUUCUUGUGCUGGUGUCUGUGCAGAGGCAGAGCAGCUCCACAGCUCUAAACUGCUUCAAUACAACUGUGGAAACACGUUGUUAGCGAGCUGCCCAUUACUUCCAAGAAGCCUUUUUAGAAAGGAUUUCAUAAAAGGAUCUCAUUAGUUCUAUGGAAUCAUGGAUGAGGUUAAAAUUCUCCAUGUCAUAAACCUUUAAUUACUUGUGUUUGUCUGCGUAUCAUGGAAUCAUAGAAGGUUAAGGG